AAUUUCCACCGAAUAUAGAAAAUCAGUUCGCGAAUAGAUUUAGUGCCUGCCACUUGGGCAAGCGCGUGUGUAAAAAAAUAAAUAAAAAAAAAUAAAUUGUGUACCCCAUACAAAGCUAGCGCAAAAAACGAGAACAACAUGUCUGAUGAGACUGAUUUUGAUCUUUUCAAAAAAUCCAAAUCCAAACAUGACAAAGCAGAUGCUGCACAAGUUGUUGGACAAUCGGGUCGUGCUGUCACAGCACCAACAAAUCAAAUAGUUCAGUCACGCUCUACACAUGAGGAAUUCUAUCAAAAUAACCAUCCCUAUGUGGGUGUGGCUGUCAUACUCAACCAUAAAUAUGUUAAAGGUCAGAAGGAUCGUAUGGGUACAGAGAAAGAUCGUGAUACGAUCGCCGAGACACUUUCAUUAUAUGGUUUUGAUGUGCGCGUAUUUAAUGAUCUGACAUUUGAAAAGGUGGACGCACAAUUGAAAGCGAUUGCCAAAGAGGAUCACACCAGUCAUGAUUGUUUUGUUUUGGUCAUAAUGUCACAUGGCGCCGAAGGACGAGUGUUCGCUAGUGACAUGAGCUACCCUGUGGAACGUCUAUGGCAACCGUUUUUUGGUGAAAAUUGUGCCAGUCUAAUAAACAAACCGAAGAUAUUCUUUAUACAGGCUUGUCGCGGCGAACGAUUAGAUAAACCUGUUGUAUUUAAUGAAUUCUCUGUGAUGACACGACAAAUCGGCCCAACUGAAUUGGAUGAGAAACCGGCCACCAUAACCUAUGCCAUACCAAACACCGCCGAUCUGCUGGUGAUGUACUCGACAUUUGAGAAGUAUUACUCAUUUCGUAAUGUUGAAAACGGUUCCUGGUUUAUUCAAAGUCUUUGCGAUGUGUUUAUUGAAGCUGCCAAAAAGCCGAUUGCCUAUAGUGAGGGCUAUGAUCUGCUUCGCCUGCUGACCGCCGUCAAUCGCAAGGUGGCCUAUGAAUAUCAGUCUUCCGCCAAGGUUGAAGUGCUCAAUCAAAUGAAGGAGAUGCCAAAUUUCCUAUCCACACUCACCAAAGUUUUCUAUCUCAAAGUAAAAAGCCGUCCCGGCAAAUGAGUCAUCGCGUAGAAAGCGCGAAAUAAGUACACAUAUGUGUAUGUGUAUGUAUGUAUUUUGUAAAAAUAUAUAAAUGACAACAAAAUAGUAAUGAAACUGCACAAAAAAAAAAU